CUGCAUCUUCUCUUUAUCAUCACUUUUAACACAACUAUACAUUUAUUUCUUUCCUUAUAUUUUUAUCAAUUUUUGCAAUUAUAACCAAAAAAAUGGCGUCAAAUUCAACGUGGACACACCAGCAAAACAAGUUGUUUGAGAAUGCAUUGGCUAUUUAUGACAGGGAAACACCAGACAGGUGGCGUAAUUUGGCCAAAGCAGUAGGUGGAAAAUCUGAGGAAGAAGUGAAAAGGCAUUAUGAAAAACUUGUUGAAGAUAUUAAACACAUUGAAUCUGGAAAUGUUGCUUUGCCUAAUUACAACAAGGCAAAUAAUGGUAAAGGCUACAAUUUCAUGGAUGAUGAAGAGCAAAGGCUGAAGUAUUUGAAGCUCCAAUAAAAGCGAGAAAGAGCACAGUACUUUAUAUUAUUCAGAAGGAGCCUAUUUUAUAUGAGCAGUGGAACUCCAAUAAAAGAUUAUUUUGGUUUUCAUUGUUGGAUAAAUUUCCUUUGAUAGCAACUAUAUAUACAUUCCAAAUAUAACUGUCCAUGUUCUGCUAGAGUUAUAAUGGAUUCCAUGUUACAAAUUUGUUCCUCUUUA